AUGACGCCACGACUGAACGACGGGAUCCUCAGCUACUACGUCGAGCACUACGUUAGACAUGGUGACUCGAUCUAUCAGAAGACCAUCAAUGCCACUUUGGCUAGGAUUAUUGUGGGUUUAUAUUGAUUUAUAUUGUUUUAGGUGGCUUGGGGGGGGGGUUUUGAAAUUUUUAAAAAUUUUUUUUCAAUUUUUAAAUUUGUAACGCCAUUUCAAUUUCCAGCUCCUCCAAACCCGCUACCUGAAAUGCCUGCCAUUCCUUCAAAACGCUUCAGAAUCCAGAAUCGCCCUCACGAUCCGUGGCUCCGAACUCACGGCCACGAUCUUCAAUAGCUGGCGAAUCGCCCUACCCAUGCCAAAACUUUUGGUACUAUUGGUGAAUCGCCUCUAUUCGAAUGUAAAAGACCUGGUAUAUCAAGUGAAAGUGAGUGGUGCAGUCAAAGUGGACUAUAAGCUUGUUUGUCAGACUGGAAAUGUCUUGAAACGUGAGUUUUUUGAGGUUUUUUUGAUUUUAGAAAAAAAAUGUCAAUUGAUCUGAAAAACCAUUAAAUUUCAAAAAAUUAAAAAAUUUUGCAUUUUUACUCCAAAAACACCCCUUUUUAACUGUCAUUUUACCCCUUUGAACCCACUAAUCAGCCCCAAAAGGAGAGGGUUUGAAAAAAAAGAAAGUUUUGACGUUAUAUGGUACUUUUUGGUACUAUUUUUGGGCUUGGGGUAGGAGAGGGUAGUUUUAUAUUGUUUUGGGGGGUGUUUUUUGUCUCAGUUUUCUAAAAUUUCAUAUAUGGUGCUUUUUGAUACUAUUUUCGGGUUUGGGGGUAGAAAAGGGUUUUUAUGUUGUUUUAGGUCUAUUGUUAGUAAAAGUAAAUUUCAAAAAAUCAGUGGUUUUUGUUACUACAUGGUGUAAACCGUUCACCCUAAUCACAUACUUUGAUCUAUGUGUUCCAACUCGAAUGAUAACAACCUUUUUUUUGGGAAUGUUUAGCCAGACAGACAAGUCAUCGAUCAUGUCGCCCUUUUAUGAUUUUUAAAAGUCGUGAUAAAGUUUUGAUAAAUUGAGAGCAAAAGAGUAAAACAUACGGCCUUUCUCUCCCCCCCCCUCUUAAAUAAAUUUUUUUAAAAAGUUGAAUUUGGUCCUUUAUGUUCAUUUUUUAUGUAAAAAUCUGGUUUUUAGGUACCAAAAAGACUUGCGAACUCCUCGACUACAGUAACCGAACAUGUGACAAGGUACUAAUGGACUUGCUGAGCAAUAACAUGGUCAAUAUAAGUGCGACUGGACUAAACAUACCACCAUUCAUUCAUCACGACGAUGUUGUCUACGACAAGCUUCAGGUGUUUUCGUAUGUUCCGAGUACUGGCGCCGCUCGAAAUCCUUGUAAGUUUUUGAUAUUGUACUUUGUCAUACUUUUUUGUACUCGUGCUGUACAGUACGGAAGGAAGGGUAGAAUUUUUGUAUUGGUGCUAUAUAGUAUGCGAUGGUACUGUUUUGUACUGGUACUAUGUAUGCAGUACUAGACAAAGACUUUUUUUGCGUUUUGGUGCUAUAUAGUACGAACUGAUAAUUUUUCAUAUUAAUAGUAUUUAGUAUUUAAUGGUACUGUUUCUUACUGGUACUAUCUAGUACUAGACAAAAAUUUUAUAUUUUGGUACUAUAUAGUACGAAAUAGUACUUUUUUAUUAUCAUACUGUAUAGUACGAGGCAAACACCUUGUUGUACUAGUACUAUAAAGCACAUGACCAUACUUUUUUAUAUUGGUACUAUAUAGUACGACAUAAAAAUUUGUCAUAAUAAUACUAUAUAGUACAAGAUAGUACUCUAAACUUCUAAAAUGCCAUUCCUUUUUAGACUUGGGUCCCUUCUUCUCGAUCUCAGCUAAAAACAUGGAACUCCCACAGGCUGGCCUCAACGUACUGUACGAGUACCUACCCCUACCCCAAAUGCCCCUACUCGAAACGUUGACUGUGGGAUUCAAGUGCAUCGAGACCUCACCACCCCCCAGCACCAAAUUGUACACACAAAUCAUGAACGGACUGAAAGAGGCCGCGCCUGGACUGAAGGAAUUGGCAUUGAAGUACAGACUGCUCAUUGAUUCGAGGGUAGGUUAAUAUAUUUUAAAGACAGGUUAAUAUUAACAUUGAGUUGUUUAAUAGAUUUGUAUUGGAAGUUUACAUUAGUAUAGGUACUGUAAGAUGGCGUACGGUAUGAUAGGUUUAUAUUAGCAGUUUGUUUUAGAAUAGGCGGAUAUUGGCACUAUAUUAGAGUAGACAGGUAUUGAUACUGUAAGAUUGGUUUAUAUUAAUAUAGGCAGACUUAUAUUGGAGUAGUUUGCUCACAUUUGUCAUUUUUUAAAAACAUAUUGUCUUAUCUUGUCAUUAGACCUGUAAAGGGAUCGCGCAGGGCCUAUUGGACCUAAUUUUAGGUCUGCUUGUCAUAAAUGGGUUAGUAUGGUGACUUUUAUUUUCAUCGUUGGGGCAUAUUGGUAUAGCUAUAGUCUGUCACAUUGAUAUCGAUAAAGAAAGAAAUUUUUAAACGGAUUUUUUUUAAAUUUUCAAAAUUAUUUAAAGAUUGAUUUGAAAUAGUUUUUGACAGUCUCGUCCCAAAACACCCCUUUUUCAACACAAUUUUACCCCUCUGAACCCAUUAAUCAGCCCCAAAAGGAAAGGGUUCGAAAAGGAAAGAGAGGGAGUCGUGUACGCCCAUAGCCCGUUGAACGCACGCCAUCCCGUCUGAUCUGGCAAGUUAAGCAACGGUGCGCUUGAUUAGUACUUGGAUCGGAGACGUCCUUGGAAUCUCAAGUGGCGUACGCCUUUUUGACGUUUUAUGGUACUUUUUGGUACUAUUUUUGGGUUUGGGAUAUAUAAAGGGUUGUUUUAUAUAGUUUUAGGUGUGUUUUUGAGAAACAAAAACGAAUUUUGGCUUAAAAAAUACUUAAUUUUGAACCGGCAGUUUUAUUAAGUUUUUACUUUUAUUCCCUACAUUACUCUUCCUUCUUUAUUCAUUGCUCUCAUUCACCCUGCUUGACUAGAAAAAAAAUUAAAUUGCAAAGUUUGGCUCAGCUUCCAAUAGUUAAAACAAUAAUUUGCAGAAAAUAACAAAACAUCUACAACAACUAGAGUUGGUUAUGUCAAAAGUAAAGUAUGUAGCAGAAGGGAUACAAUUGUCUAAAAUACCAUCUUCUGGCAUUGAAAUGGAAUUCGAUUUUAGUACUGUAAUAGAAGUAGGUUCAACCCCUAUUCCUAAACUACUUCCAAAACUACCCCUACCUUCAAAACUACCCCUACUCAUAUAACUACUUCUACCCAUAAAACUACCCCUACUUUCGAAAGUACUCUUAUGCCUAAAACUACCCUUACCUCUAAAACUACCCCUUACCCUAAAACUGUCCCUACCCUUUACCCCUACCAAUCUGUAGCCAAUUCAUUUACAGCGUGAUACGAUCUCAAAUUGUAAAUCAGAGUUCAAUAGAAUCUUCGAAACCGACAAUAUUAUCCAUACCGACUGGACCACAGACGACGACGACUUCUUCGUCCAAAGACACACCUUCAAAACCACUAUUGAUAUGUUUGGUGUGGAUGUGAAAAUCCAGAUCUUGGUCGAGGAAUCGCAAUUCAUCGACCAAAACAUGGAUUUACUCGAAAAAAUCUGCGAACCAAUUUGA